AUGAACACAAAUUCGCUCACGUUCCUCAACGUUAUACUUGCUCUCGUCUUUGUCCUGGAGUGCGUUGGUGCGGGUGAACCAAAUCCAUGCAUUGCUUAUCAAUGCAAAAAGAAUCAAAGAUGUAUAUCAAACUAUGGAUUACCUCAAUGCAUAGCUCUCGACUUAAACUGCACCAAAGACGAAGUGGUAGGAGACUGUGGGAAUGUUUGCGAACCCACAUGUGCUGACGCUAAUGGCCAGAAAAGAGAAUGUCCAGCCUUUUGCGGGCCACCAGCGUGCGUCUGCAAACCGAACACUUACAGAUACAACGGGACUUGUGUAUCAGCGAAAGUUUGCAAACAAAAUGGUACCGACGAUAAUGGCGGUGUGACUCCGUGCAGCCGUUUCCCAUGCCCCAGUGGAUUUCAGUGUUCUGAAGGAGCUGUGAUCUGUACUUCCGAUGGAUGCGUGACCCGUCCAACGCAAUGUGUUCCUGAAAGCUGUCCAGAUAUACUUGGAUGCAACAACGUAACAUGUCCCAGAAAUAUGGAAAGGGUGACAUGCUAUCCACUUUGUGAAUUGGAUUGUGCCGGUGGCGACAGCUGCCCCGGAACUCAGUGCAACAGCUUGGGCAGAUGCGUUUGUAAAAAAGCUCAUUUCAGUUUAACCCUCCCGUUCGGAACCCUGGAUCUGAGCAAAAAUCCUGAGCAAAGCUCUGGAUCUGGGUUGUAUGCAGAAUAUAACACACAGGAAAUUGAGGCGAGAAGUCACGAAAACCAGAAGGAAAAAGCCUCGUUACCAGGAUUUUGGCAUUUCAUAGCAUUUCACAUUUGUAUUCCUUUGCUUAUGGUAGAACUAACCCAUUAUGAAGGUCCUUCAAGCAACACCUACUUGAAAGAAGCCGGCUGUUCUGCGAAUUUCGGCCAUUCCUUAAACGAUCAUUCAAAGAUGAAAGAAAUUCAAACGAGGAUCUGUACAGGAAGCGGAAGGACAUUAGAAACACAAUUUAGCACAAUCUCAUCAGUUACUUAUGAGGGAGGACCACCUGGUGCCGCACAACCUUCAACGGAUGGAGGAGAAGGAUAUCGUCGGCGAAUGCGCCACCACAUGCGUGCGAAGAAACUGAAGCUGAAGACCUUGAAGAAGAAGGUCGCUAGGAAAGCCGCGAAGAAGGUCAAGAAAGCACGAAGAAAGGUUGCUAAGAAGAACAAACAUUAA